AGCAUUGCUGGAAGAGGAAAAAUAAAAUCUCAGGGAAGGAAGUCCAGCCCUGAAGGCCACACAUACACACACACACACACACACACACACACACACACACACACACACACACACACAGUGAACCAACUGGAGAGGUAUUUCGGGUGUCAAUCACCCUUCAGUCUGGUUCCUGCGAGGAAAAGGGACACGGGGUUGGGUGUGGAGGCGAUGACGAAUCUUGAAGCUGCAGCAGCCCAGAGCCCCACCGGCCUAGGUGCUCAGCAGAUAGGUCACCCAGGCGAUGAUUUAAAAGGACAGCACGCCCACCCAAGGCGGCAGACCGCCCCUCCCUGCCCCGCUGCCCGCCCAGGCCGCACCCACUUGGGGGCGGUGCGCCCGAGCUUAGUUCUGGUGGGCGGACGCCGCGGCUUUAAGCCGGGGCGGGACUGAGCGAGGAGCAGCAGCGGCGUCGGCGGCGAGAGUUCUUGGGGACUCGGGCCCGGAUGCUGGGGGCUAGUCGGCAGGUCCCGGUAAGCGCAAGGGAGGGCGGGUGAACGGUCCCGGGAGAUGCACGCGCGUGCGUGUCUCAGGCGUGGGAGAGAGUCGGUGCAGCACGACGGCUCCACGGAGAAGUGGAGAAGGCUGUCCCUGCUUGACCGAGGUCCUUCCGGCCCCCCAGGAGCCCUCCUAAACUAGAUCAGCCACACUGCAGCAUUUAGUCCUCCGCGGCGCCGGGCUGCGCUGGAGCGGAUGGAGGGACGCGCAGCGCUAGCGGCCGCGGAGGUUGGCCCUCGGCGCUUGCCGUAGCUCAGCGGCCUGCUGGGGGGCAGUCGCUGAGAGUCCCGGGAAGGAUCGGCGACAAAAGGAGGGAACCCGAAGGCCGUUUGCGACGCGAAGGGAUUGAGUGAGGAGUCGAGGGGGCUGCGGCACCCCACCAAAGCCAUCCUGGCAUCUGCGGGCCUCCACGCAGGCUCCUGGCUCUCUGGGCCAGACGCUGAGAGUGAAGGCUGGAUAAACUCAUGGACUUGGCAGCUCAGGCUUGAGAAAAACACAAACUCAGAAGAAAGAUGGCGUUCGUUGCAACCCAGGGGGCCACGGUGGUCGACCAAACCACUCUGAUGAAGAAAUACCUUCAGUUUGUGGCAGCUCUCACGGAUGUGAAUACACCUGAUGAAACGAAGUUGAAAAUGAUGCAGGAAGUCAGCGAGAACUUUGAGAAUGUCACGUCAUCUCCUCAGUAUUCUACAUUCCUGGAACACAUCAUCCCUCGAUUUCUUACCUUUCUCCAAGAUGGAGAAGUCCAGUUUCUUCAGGAGAAGCCAGCCCAGCAACUACGGAAGCUGGUACUUGAGAUACUCCACAGGAUUCCAACCAAUGAGCAUCUGCGUCCUCAUACGAAAAACGUUCUGUCUGUCAUGUUUCGGUUUUUAGAGACGGAAAAUGAAGAAAAUGUUCUUAUUUGUCUAAGAAUAAUUAUUGAGCUGCACAAACAGUUCAGGCCACCGAUCACGCAAGAGAUUCAUCACUUUUUGGAUUUUGUGAAACAGAUUUACAAGGAGCUUCCAAAAGUAGUGAACCGCUACUUUGAGAACCCCCAGGGGAUCCCUGAGAACACAGUGCCUCCCCCUGAAAUGGUGGGCAUGAUCACGACUGUUGCUGUGAAGGUCAAUCCUGAGCGCGAGGACAGCGAGACACGGACGCAUUCCAUCAUCCCACGAGGAUCGCUCUCACUGAAAGUCCUGGCCGAGCUCCCCAUCAUUGUCGUACUGAUGUACCAGCUGUACAAACUGAACAUCCACAACGUUGUUGCCGAGUUUGUGCCCCUGAUCAUGAAUACCAUUGCAAUUCAGGUAUCCACACAGGCCAGGCAACAUAAGCUUUACAACAAGGAGCUGUAUGCUGACUUCAUUGCAGCUCAGAUCAAAACGCUGUCGUUUUUAGCCUACAUCAUCAGGAUUUACCAGGAGCUGGUGACGAAGUAUUCUCAGCAGAUGGUGAAAGGCAUGCUACAGCUGCUUUCCAAUUGCCCAGCGGAGACUGCGCACCUCAGGAAGGAGCUGCUCAUUGCGGCCAAGCACAUCCUCACCACGGAGCUGAGGAACCAGUUCAUCCCCUGCAUGGACAAGCUGUUUGAUGAAUCCAUCCUGAUCGGCUCUGGGUACACCGCUCGGGAGACACUCAGGCCCCUCGCCUACAGCACACUUGCCGACCUUGUGCAUCACGUUCGCCAGCACCUGCCCCUCAGCGACCUCUCCCUCGCCGUCCAGCUCUUUGCCAAGAACAUCGAUGAUGAGUCCCUGCCCAGUAGCAUCCAAACCAUGUCCUGCAAACUCCUACUGAACCUGGUGGACUGCAUCCGCUCCAAGAGUGAGCAGGAGAGUGGCAAUGGCAGAGAUGUCCUGAUGCGGAUGCUGGAGGUUUUUGUCCUCAAGUUCCACACCAUUGCCCGGUACCAGCUCUCUGCCAUUUUUAAGAAAUGCAAGCCUCAGUCUGAACUGGGGGCUGCAGAAGCUGCACUACCUGGGGUGCCCACAGCCCCUGCUGCCCCUGGCCCAGCCCCUUCCCCAGCCCCUGUGCCUGCCCCCGCACCACCUCCACCUCCACCUCCAGCCCCAGCCACCCCGGUAACCCCUGCCCCCGUGCCCCCAUUUGAGAAGCAAGGAGAGAAGGACAAGGAGGACAAGCAGACGUUCCAGGUCACAGAUUGCCGGAGUCUGGUGAAGACCUUGGUCUGCGGUGUCAAGACCAUCACAUGGGGCAUAACGUCGUGUAAAGCACCUGGUGAAGCUCAGUUUAUUCCUAACAAGCAAUUACAACCCAAAGAAACUCAGAUUUACAUCAAGCUGGUGAAGUAUGCGAUGCAGGCCUUGGAUAUUUAUCAGGUCCAGAUCGCAGGAAAUGGACAAACAUACAUUCGAGUAGCCAACUGUCAGACCGUAAGGAUGAAGGAAGAGAAGGAGGUGCUGGAGCACUUUGCUGGGGUCUUCACCAUGAUGAACCCACUAACAUUCAAGGAGAUCUUCCAGACUACAGUUCCUUACAUGGUAGAAAGGAUCUCAAAAAACUAUGCUCUUCAGAUUGUUGCCAACUCCUUCUUGGCGAAUCCCACUACCUCUGCUCUGUUUGCCACCAUCCUGGUGGAGUACCUCCUGGAGCGGCUGCCGGAAAUGGGCUCCAACGUGGAGCUCUCCAACUUGUACCUCAAGCUCUUCAAGUUGGUCUUCGGCUCAGUGUCGCUGUUUGCAGCGGAGAAUGAGCAGAUGCUGAAGCCUCACCUGCACAAGAUCGUGAACAGCUCCAUGGAGUUGGCGCAAACCGCCAAGGAGCCUUACAACUACUUCCUUCUGCUCCGUGCUCUCUUCCGCUCUAUAGGAGGUGGCAGCCAUGACCUCCUGUAUCAGGAGUUUCUGCCUCUCCUUCCAAAUCUCCUCCAAGGACUGAACAUGCUGCAGAGCGGCCUGCAUAAGCAGCACAUGAAGGACCUCUUUGUAGAGCUGUGUCUCACCGUGCCAGUCCGGCUGAGCUCUCUCCUGCCCUAUCUGCCCAUGUUGAUGGAUCCCUUGGUGUCUGCCCUCAAUGGGUCUCAGACAUUGGUCAGCCAAGGCCUGAGGACCUUGGAGUUGUGUGUGGACAACCUGCAGCCGGAUUUCCUCUAUGACCACAUUCAGCCUGUGCGUGCAGAGCUCAUGCAGGCUUUGUGGCGCACGCUUCGCAACCCUGCAGACAGCAUCUCCCACGUGGCCUACCGUGUGCUUGGGAAGUUUGGCGGCAGCAACAGGAAGAUGUUGAAGGAGUCCCAGAAGCUGCACUAUGUUGUGACUGAAGUUCAAGGCCCCAGCAUUACCGUGGAGUUCUCUGAUUGCAAAGCUUCUCUCCAGCUUCCGAUGGAAAAGGCCAUUGAGACCGCCCUGGACUGCCUGAAAAGUGCCAACACAGAGCCCUACUACCGGAGGCAGGCAUGGGAGGUGAUCAGGUGCUUCCUGGUAGCCAUGAUGAGCCUGGAGGACAACAAGCAUGCGCUCUACCAGCUGCUGGCGCACCCCAACUUUACAGAAAAGACCAUUCCCAAUGUCAUCAUAUCACAUCGCUACAAAGCACAGGACACUCCAGCCCGGAAAACAUUUGAACAGGCUCUGACUGGGGCAUUCAUGUCUGCAGUCAUCAAAGACCUGCGACCCAGUGCCCUGCCCUUUGUGGCCAGCUUGAUCCGCCACUACACCAUGGUAGCAGUGGCCCAGCAGUGUGGUCCUUUCUUGCUACCUUGCUACCAGGUGGGUAGCCAGCCCAGCACAGCCAUGUUCCACAGUGAAGAAAAUGGGUCCAAAGGAAUGGAUCCCUUGGUCCUUAUUGAUGCCAUAGCUAUCUGUAUGGCUUAUGAAGAAAAGGAACUGUGCAAGAUUGGGGAGGUAGCCCUGGCCGUGAUAUUUGACGUGGCGAGCAUCAUCCUGGGCUCAAAAGAGAGGGCAUGCCAGCUGCCCCUCUUCUCCUACAUUGUGGAGCGGUUGUGCGCCUGCUGCUAUGAGCAGGCCUGGUAUGCAAAGCUGGGGGGCGUGGUGUCCAUUAAGUUUCUCAUGGAGCGGCUCCCACUCACGUGGGUUCUCCAGAACCAGCAGACAUUCCUCAAAGCUCUGCUCUUUGUAAUGAUGGACCUGACUGGAGAGGUUUCCAAUGGGGCAGUGGCCAUGGCGAAGACCACCCUGGAACAGCUCCUGAUGAGAUGUGCGACCCCUUUGAAGGAUGAGGAGAGAGCUGAGGAGAUUGUGCUGGCUCAAGAGAAAUCUUUUCACCACGUGACCCACGAUUUGGUUCGUGAAGUCACCUCCCCAAACUCGACUGUGAGAAAGCAGGCCAUGCAUUCGCUGCAGGUCUUGGCCCAGGUCACUGGAAAAAGUGUGACAGUAAUUAUGGAGCCACAUAAGGAGGUCCUUCAGGAUAUGGUCCCACCGAAGAAGCACCUGCUGCGACACCAGCCUGCCAACGCCCAGAUCGGACUGAUGGAGGGCAAUACGUUCUGUACCACGCUGCAGCCUCGACUCUUCACGAUGGAUCUCAAUGUGGUGGAGCACAAGGUCUUCUACACAGAGCUGCUGAAUUUGUGUGAGGCUGAGGACUCCGCUCUGACCAAGCUGCCCUGUUACAAAAGCCUCCCAUCGCUUGUGCCCUUACGGAUCGCAGCAUUGAAUGCUCUCGCUGCCUGCAAUUACCUACCUCAGUCCAGGGAGAAAAUCAUUGCUGCUCUUUUCAAAGCCCUCAACUCCACCAACAGUGAGCUGCAGGAGGCUGGGGAAGCCUGCAUGAGGAAGUUUUUGGAAGGUGCCACCAUAGAAGUAGAUCAGAUUCAUACGCACAUGCGGCCCUUGCUGAUGAUGCUGGGAGACUACCGGAGCUUGACCCUGAACGUCGUGAACCGGCUCACCUCCGUUACUCGCCUCUUCCCAAAUUCCUUCAAUGAUAAGUUUUGUGACCAGAUGAUGCAACAUCUGCGCAAGUGGAUGGAAGUGGUGGUCAUCACCCACAAAGGGGGCCAGAGGAGUGACGGAAACGAGAGCCUUUCAGAGUGCGGGAGGUGCUCCCUGUCUCCAUUCUGUCAGUUUGAGCCUGCCAUGGAAGGGGUAGAGGAAAUGAAGAUUUGCUCGGCAAUUAUAAACCUUUUCCAUCUGAUCCCAGCCGCUCCUCAGACGCUGGUCAAGCCUCUGUUGGAGGUUGUGAUGAAGACAGAGCGGGCCAUGCUGAUUGAGGCGGGCAGUCCAUUCAGAGAGCCACUUAUCAAGUUCCUGACCCGGCAUCCCUCGCAGACAGUGGAGUUGUUCAUGAUGGAAGCAACACUGAAUGAUCCCCAGUGGAGCCGAAUGUUCAUGAGUUUCUUAAAACACAAAGAUGCCAGACCUCUGAGGGAUGUGUUGGCAGCAAACCCCAACAGGUUCAUCACUCUGCUGCUGCCUGGUGGUGCACAGACCGCAGUCCGCCCCGGCUCACCCAGUACCAGUAACAUGCGCCUGGACCUCCAGUUCCAGGCCAUCAAGAUCAUAAGCAUCAUAGUUAAAAAUGAUGAUGCCUGGCUGGCCAGUCAGCACUCUCUGGUGAGCCAGUUGAGGCGAGUGUGGGUGAGUGAGACCUUUCAAGAAAGACACCGCAAAGAGAACAUGGCUGCCACCAACUGGAAGGAGCCCAAGCUUCUGGCCUUCUGUCUGCUGAACUAUUGCAAAAGGAACUAUGGCGACAUAGAGCUGCUGUUCCAGCUGCUCCGAGCCUUCACUGGUCGUUUCCUGUGCAACAUGACCUUCUUGAAGGAGUAUAUGGAAGAAGAGAUCCCCAAAAAUUACAGCAUCGCUCAAAAGCGGGCACUCUUUUUCCGCUUUGUAGAGUUUAAUGACCCCAACUUUGGAGAUGAACUGAAAGCAAAGGUUCUGCAGCACAUCUUGAAUCCUGCUUUCUUGUACAGCUUUGAAAAGGGGGAAGGAGAGCAGCUGUUAGGACCUCCUAAUCCAGAAGGAGACAACCCAGAGAGCAUCACCAGUGUGUUUAUAACCAAGGUCCUGGACCCUGAGAAACAAGCUGACAUGCUGGACUCCCUGCGGAUCUACCUCCUGCAGUACGCCACGCUGCUGGUGGAGCACGCCCCCCACCACAUCCAUGACAACAACAAGAACCGCAACAGCAAGCUGCGCCGUCUGAUGACCUUCGCGUGGCCCUGUCUGCUCUCCAAGGCUUGUGUGGAUCCUGCUUGCAAAUACAGCGGGCACCUGCUGCUGGCGCACAUCAUCGCCAAAUUUGCCAUCCAUAAGAAAAUCGUCUUGCAGGUUUUCCACAGUCUUCUCAAGGCUCACGCAAUGGAAGCCCGAGCGAUUGUGAGACAGGCAAUGGCCAUUUUGACCCCAGCAGUGCCAGCCCGCAUGGAGGACGGACACCAGAUGCUGACACACUGGACUAGGAAGAUCAUCGUGGAGGAGGGGCACACGGUCCCACAGCUGGUGCAUAUUCUUCACCUCAUAGUGCAGCACUUUAAGGUGUACUACCCGGUGCGGCACCACUUGGUACAGCACAUGGUUAGUGCCAUGCAGAGGCUGGGCUUCACACCCAGUGUCACCAUUGAGCAGAGGAGGCUGGCCGUGGACCUCUCCGAGGUUGUCAUCAAGUGGGAACUGCAGAGGAUCAAGGAUCAGCAACCGGAUUCUGACAUGGACCCAAAUUCCAGUGGAGAGGGUGUCAACUCAGUGUCCAUUAAGAGAGGCCUGUCUGUAGACUCUGCACAGGAGGUGAAACGCUUCAGGGCGGCCACUGGAGCCAUCAGCGCAGUGUUCGGGAGGAGCCAGUCCCUGCCGGGAGCUGACUCUCUUCUUGCCAAGCCCAUUGACAAGCAGCACACAGACACUGUGGUGAACUUCCUCAUUCGAGUGGCUUGCCAGGUGAACGACAACACCAACACGGCAGGGUCGCCUGGGGAGGUGCUCUCUCGCCGCUGUGUGAAUCUUCUCAAGACCGCUCUACGGCCAGAUAUGUGGUGCAAGUCUGAGCUCAAACUGCAGUGGUUUGACAAGCUGCUGAUGACCGUGGAGCAGCCUAACCAGGUGAACUAUGGGAAUAUCUGCACAGGGUUGGAAGUCCUGAACUUCUUGCUAACUGUGCUGCAGUCUCCGGCCAUCCUCAGUAGCUUCAAGCCCCUGCAGCGGGGCAUCGCAGCCUGCAUGACAUGUGGGAACACCAAGGUGCUGCGAGCUGUGCACAGCCUCCUCUCUCGCCUCAUGAGCAUUUUCCCUACAGAGCCAAGCACAUCAAGCGUGGCCUCCAAGUAUGAGGAGCUGGAGUGCCUCUAUGCGGCCGUGGGGAAGGUCAUCUACGAAGGCCUCACUAACUACGAGAAGGCCACCAGCGCCAACCCCUCCCAGCUCUUCGGAACACUUAUGAUCCUCAAGUCAGCCUGUUGCAACAACCCAAGCUACAUUGACAGGCUCAUCUCUGUCUUCAUGCGCUCCCUACAGAAGAUGGUCCGAGAGCAUCUAAAUCCACAGACAGCAUCCGGGAGCACCGAAGCAACCGCAGCUGGAACAAGCGAGUUGGUGAUGCUGAGCCUGGAUCUUGUGAAGACUCGUCUGGCGGUGAUGAGCAUGGAGAUGCGGAAGAACUUCAUCCAGACCAUCUUGACCUCCCUCAUUGAGAAGUCCCCAGAUGCCAAGAUCCUCCGAGCUGUGGUGAAGAUUGUGGAAGAAUGGGUUAAGAAUAAUUCCCCGAUGGCAGCCAAUCAGACACCUACGCUCCGGGAGAAGUCAAUCUUGCUUGUGAAAAUGAUGACUUACAUAGAGAAACGCUUUCCAGAAGACCUCGAACUAAAUGCCCAGUUUUUGGACCUUGUUAACUAUGUGUACAGGGAUGAGGCACUUUCAGGCAGUGAGCUGACUGCAAAGCUUGAGCCUGCCUUUCUCUCUGGACUGCGUUGUGCCCAACCAUUGAUCAGGGCCAAGUUUUUUGAGGUUUUUGACAACUCUAUGAAACGGCGCGUCUACGAACGGCUGCUGUAUGUCACCUGUUCCCAGAAUUGGGAAGCCAUGGGGAGCCAUUUCUGGAUCAAGCAGUGCAUUGAGCUCCUCCUGGCCGUGUGUGAGAAGAGCACUGCCAUCGGUACCAGCUGCCAGGGAGCCAUGCUCCCGUCCAUUACCAACGUCAUCAACCUGGCCGACAGCCAUGACCGAGCUGCCUUUGCCAUGGUCACUCACGUCAAGCAGGAACCUCGGGAACGAGAGAACAGUGAGUCUAAAGAAGAGGACGUAGAGAUUGACAUUGAGCUGGCUCCUGGCGAUCAGACCAGCACACCCAAGACCAAAGAGCUUUCCGAGAAGGACAUUGGGAACCAGCUGCACAUGCUCACCAACAGACACGACAAGUUCCUUGACACUCUCCGGGAGGUGAAGACUGGGGCACUGCUCAGCGCCUUCGUUCAGCUCUGCCACAUUUCCACAACGUUGGCCGAGAAGACCUGGGUCCAGCUUUUCCCGAGGCUGUGGAAAAUCCUCUCUGACAGACAGCAGCAUGCGCUGGCGGGGGAGAUCAGCCCUUUCCUGUGCAGCGGCAGUCAUCAGGUUCAGCGAGACUGUCAGCCCAGCGCAUUGAACUGCUUUGUGGAAGCCAUGUCCCAGUGCGUCCCACCCAUCCCCAUGCGACCCUGUGUGCUGAAGUACCUGGGAAAGACUCAUAACCUCUGGUUCCGUUCCACGUUGAUGCUGGAGCACCAGGCCUUUGAGAAGGGGCUGAGUCUGCCCAUCAAACCGAAGCAGACAACCGAGUUUUAUGAGCAGGAGAGCAUAACACCGCCUCAGCAGGAGAUCCUGGACUCCCUCGCUGAACUUUACUCUCUGUUACAAGAAGAGGACAUGUGGGCCGGCCUGUGGCAGAAGCGAUGCAAAUUCUCCGAGACUGCCACCGCCAUUGCUUAUGAGCAGCACGGUUUCUUUGAGCAGGCCCAAGAAUCCUACGAAAAGGCAAUGGACAAGGCGAAGAAAGAGCAUGAGCGCAGUAAUGCCUCCCCGGCCAUUUUCCCUGAGUACCAGCUCUGGGAGGACCACUGGAUUAGGUGCUCCAAGGAGCUGAACCAGUGGGAAGCCCUGACUGAGUUUGGCCAGUCUAAGGGACACAUAAAUCCUUACCUUGUCCUGGAGUGUGCGUGGAGGGUGUCCAACUGGACCGCCAUGAAGGAGGCACUGGUGCAGGUGGAGGUCAGCUGCCCCAAGGAGAUGGCUUGGAAGGUUAACAUGUACCGAGGGUACCUGGCCAUUUGCCACCCCGAGGAACAGCAGCUCAGCUUCAUUGAGCGCCUGGUGGAGAUGGCCAGCAGCUUGGCUAUCCGUGAGUGGAGGCGGCUGCCCCACGUGGUGUCCCAUGUGCAUACACCUCUUCUGCAGGCUGCCCAGCAGAUCAUCGAGCUUCAGGAGGCCGCACAGAUCAAUGCAGGCCUGCAGCCGACCAACCUGGGCCGGAACAACAGCCUCCACGACAUGAAGACCGUGGUGAAGACCUGGAGGAACCGGCUGCCCAUCGUGUCUGACGACUUGUCCCACUGGAGCAGCGUCUUCAUGUGGCGGCAGCACCAUUACCAGGGUAAACCGACCUGGUCCGGCAUGCACUCAUCAUCUAUUGUGACUGCAUAUGAAAAUAGCUCUCACCAUGACCCAAGCUCCAAUAACGCCAUGCUUGGAGUUCAUGCCUCCGCCUCUGCCAUCAUCCAGUAUGGGAAAAUUGCCCGGAAACAAGGUCUGGUUAAUGUGGCGCUGGACAUACUGAGCCGAAUCCACACCAUCCCCACCGUUCCCAUCGUGGAUUGCUUCCAGAAGAUUCGACAGCAAGUGAAAUGCUACCUCCAGCUGGCAGGAGUGAUGGGCAAGAACGAGUGCAUGCAGGGCCUUGAAGUUAUUGAGUCUACAAACCUAAAAUACUUCACGAAGGAGAUGACAGCUGAGUUUUAUGCCCUGAAGGGAAUGUUCCUGGCUCAGAUCAACAAAUCUGAGGAGGCCAACAAAGCGUUCUCGGCUGCCGUGCAGAUGCACGAUGUGCUGGUGAAGGCCUGGGCCAUGUGGGGGGACUACCUGGAGAGCAUCUUCGUGAAGGAGCGGCAGCUGCACCUGGGCGUGUCUGCCAUCACCUGCUACCUGCAUGCCUGCCGGCAUCAGAACGAGAGCAAGUCCAGGAAGUACUUGGCCAAGGUGCUGUGGCUUCUGAGUUUCGAUGAUGACAAAAACACGCUGGCGGAUGCUGUAGACAAGUACUGCAUCGGUGUACCUCCCAUCCAGUGGCUGGCGUGGAUCCCGCAGCUGCUCACCUGCCUGGUGGGCUCUGAGGGCAAGCUGCUGCUGAACCUCAUCAGCCAGCAGGUUGGACGGGUAUAUCCCCAGGCUGUCUACUUUCCCAUCCGGACUCUGUACCUGACCCUGAAGAUUGAGCAGAGGGAGCGCUACAAGAGUGAUUCUGGACAGCAGCAGCCCAGUUCAGCGGGUAACCAGUCCCAUUCUGCGUCAGAUCCAGGGCCCAUCAGAGCGACAGCGCCCAUGUGGCGCUGCAGCCGGAUCAUGCACAUGCAGAGGGAGCUGCACCCCACCCUCCUGUCCUCCCUGGAAGGCAUCGUCGACCAGAUGGUCUGGUUCAGAGAGAACUGGCACGAAGAGGUGCUCAGGCAGCUCCAGCAGGGCCUGGCAAAAUGUUACUCUGUUGCCUUUGAAAAGAGCGGUGCAGUAUCAGACGCCAAGAUCACCCCUCACACUCUUAACUUUGUCAAGAAGCUGGUGAGCACUUUCGGGGUCGGCCUGGAGAAUGUGUCCAACGUCUCAACCAUGUUCUCUAGUGCGGCCUCCGAGUCCCUGGCCCGCCGCGCACAAGCCACCGCCCAGGACCCUGUCUUCCAGAAGCUGAAGGGCCAGUUCACCACAGAUUUCGACUUCAGUGUCCCGGGAUCCAUGAAGCUUCACAAUCUGAUCUCUAAAUUGAAAAAGUGGAUCAAAAUCCUCGAGGCUAAAACCAAGCAGCUUCCCAAGUUCUUCCUCAUAGAAGAAAAAUGUCGGUUCUUGAGCAAUUUCUCAGCUCAGACAGCUGAAGUGGAGAUCCCUGGAGAGUUUUUGAUGCCUAAGCCAACACAUUACUAUAUCAAGAUCGCUCGCUUUAUGCCCCGAGUGGAGAUUGUGCAGAAGCACAACACAGCAGCCCGCAGGCUGCACAUCCGAGGGCACAACGGCAAGAUCUACCCGUACCUGGUCAUGAACGAUGCCUGCCUCACGGAGUCGCGCAGGGAGGAGCGAGUGCUGCAGCUGCUGCGCCUGCUGAACCCUUGCCUGGAGAAGAGGAAGGAGACCACCAAGAGGCACUUGUUCUUCACAGUUCCUCGGGUUGUGGCUGUGUCCCCGCAGAUGCGCCUCGUGGAAGACAACCCCUCUUCACUUUCCCUCGUGGAGAUCUACAAGCAGCGCUGUGCCAAGAAAGGCAUUGAGCAUGACAACCCCAUCUCCCGUUACUAUGACAGGCUGGCCACAGUGCAGGCACGGGGAACCCAGGCCAGCCACCAGAUUCCUGCCCUUGGCUGGGAAGAUUUUGUCCAGGGUUGUGUGGAGCGGCAAGAGGCAGCUGUUUUGGCCCCUCCCCAGGUCCUCCGAGACAUUCUCAAAGAGGUCCAGAGCAACAUGGUCCCCCGCAGCAUGCUGAAGGAGUGGGCCUUGCACACUUUCCCCAACGCUACAGAUUACUGGACCUUCCGGAAGAUGUUCACCAUUCAGUUGGCGCUCAUCGGCUUCGCAGAGUUUGUCCUGCACCUAAAUAGGCUCAACCCUGAGAUGUUGCAGAUCGCUCAGGACACGGGCAAGCUGAACGUUGCUUACUUCCGAUUUGACAUAAAUGAUGCAACUGGGGACUUAGACGCCAACCGUCCAGUCCCUUUCCGCCUCACGCCCAACAUAUCUGAGUUCCUGACCACCAUUGGUGUCUCUGGCCCGCUGACUGCCUCCAUGAUUGCUGUUGCACGGUGCUUUGCCCAGCCUAACUUUAAGGUGGACGGCGUUCUGAAAACUGUGCUCCGGGAUGAGAUCAUUGCUUGGCACAAAAAGACACAGGAGGACACUUCCUCUCCACUGUCGGCCGCAGGGCAGCCUGAGAACAUGGACAGCCAGCAGCUGGUUUCCUUAGUUCAGAAAGCCGUCACUGCCAUCAUGACCCGCCUGCACAACUUGGCCCAAUUCGAUGGUGGGGAGAGCAAGGUGAACACCCUGGUGGCCGCUGCCAACAGCCUGGACAACCUCUGUCGCAUGGACCCUGCCUGGCAUCCAUGGCUGUGACCUCGGUGACCACCCUACCCAGAAUGUGAAAUGUGCCUCUCAGCCUCUGAGCCCCUGGCUGUUGAGACCUCUCUCUGCCUUGUUCCCCACUUUAUUCAGUUACCUUCCCAGUAGUUUGUGUGUGGAAGAGCAUGAGAUUAGUCCUGGAGGGAGCCCCUGCACACAGUAGGCCAGGCCGUUGGCGAUGGCAGAGCUGAACUCAGCAGCUUCCGAGAUGCCUUUUAACUUGAGGAGCCCUGAACUGGGACUCCCUGUGUACUCCUGUCUCAGUGUGAAGUGCAGACUGAGAACGUCCCCUCCAUCCCCCAACUUCCAGAAACUACACCUCAGAGUGGCUGCUCACUGUCAUACCGGGUCUAGGGAAUCCACAGUGUUAGAGAAGCAGGAAGCAGGAUCAGUUCGACAGGCGUGCAUCUCUGAGCACAGAUCUCACUCUGUCACUGGUGUGGACAUCUCGCCAAGUCUGAUGAUGAGGCUCAGCGAGCCCAGGGCCUGCAGGGGAAGCUGCUCCAGGCCUCAUCAGUCAGAUCCGAUGCAGCUGUGCAGAACGAAGCUGUGAGGCCAGCGGGCCAGCCUUUCUCUUUUUACUGCCGGCUUGUUGGAUAUCUUUUAGAGAUUUACUAUCAUUGUACCAGAAAGAAGAAAAAAAAAAGACAAAAUCAUUUUGUUUUUCCUUCCUAAUUUAAAAAGAAAGCAGUGAAAGUUUGUCCCCUUUAGAUGGUUAUGUUGACAUUUUUAUAAAUCUGAGCAUUGAGAAUGUUCUAGCUAAAUUUGUACAGUGUGGUUUUUUUUUUUUUAGAAUAAAUAUUUUAUAAAAGUA